UCAGGUUCUUACUCAUUCUUGUGUGUCUUGUGGUAGAUGACGCUACGUGUAUGCGACGUAUGUUAUGUUUGCUAUUAAGGUUAACCACGAGUUUUUAAAAAGAUGAGCAAAGGACUGAAAGGUGAGGCCACCACUGAUGGUAAUUCAAAAUGGUAUGAAGAAUAUCCUAAAGGAAAAGAACCAUGUAAACAUUCUAUAUCUGAAACUGAAAUAUCAAACUUGAAAGCUGAAGCUAAAAGAUAUUACGAUGGAGAAACUGCCGUGUUUCAAUUGAAAGAAUCAAAAUCUCGCGAUUCAGAGACAGCAUGGUUAAAAACAGCAUUAACACAGGGCACAACCUCUGACAAAGUUGCAGCUGCUAUUGUAUUAGUACAAGACAAUCCAAAAUACAAUUUAUCUAGAAUUACAAUGCUCAUUAAUCAAGUACGAAUAGCAAAGCACAAUCAAUGCAAUAUGGUAAUAAAAUCUUUAAAGGAUCUCUUUUUAUCUGACCUACUUCACCCUCAAUACAAACUACUUAAAUUUGAAGAGCAAAAUUUAAAUGAUAUUAAAAAAACAGACUCUGGUGAUACAGUAGUUACAACAGAUGCAUCAAGAAAAAAAUUAAUGGCACAUUGGUAUUUUGAAGACCAAUUAUGUGAACAAUAUGAACGUUUUGUUAUGUCUUUAGCCACUAUUGCAUCAGAUACAGUGGAUGCAAAUCGUGAAGCAGCAAUGUCUGUGAUAACAGACCUGUUGAUAGGAAAUGCUGAACAAGAACAUAAACUAUUGGAAUUGAUUAUUAAUAAAAUAGGAGAUCCAAGUGGUAAAAUAGGAUCUAAAGUUAUAUUUUGUGUAAAUAAGUUAUUAUAUGAACAUCCAAACAUGAAAAAUGUUGUAUUAAGAGAAGUUGAAAAAUUAUUGUUUAGAAAAAAUGUUGCACAACGUGCUCAAUAUUAUGCAAUCUGUUUAUUAACUCAAUUUCUUUUGAGUAAGGAUGACGAAAAAAUUGCUUCCAAUCUUAUUGAAGUUUAUUUUGCAUUUUUUAAAGCUUGUUUAAAGAAAGGAGAACCAGAUAGUAGAAUGAUGGGAGCAAUUUUAACUGGUGUAAAUAGAGCAUACCCAUUUGCAAAAAUAGAAUCAAAUAUACUACACACUCAUAUAGAUUCUGUGUACAAAGUUGUACAUAUUGGAUCAUUUAAUGUUUCAUUAAAUGCACUUAAUUUAUUAUAUCAAAUUACAGGAAAAGAUGAAGUCCAGUCAAAUAGAUUUUAUUGUACAUUUUAUCGAAAAUUACUAGACCCACAAAUUGGUGUAGCAAAUAAACGGGCACUUUUUCUUAAUUUAUUGUUCAGAGUUCUUCAAAAAGAUAAUAAAAUACAACGUUUAUACGCGUUUAUUAAAAGAAGCUUACAAAUUGCAUUAUAUUUCCCUGCAAAUAUGGCAUGUGCAAUUUUAUAUGUAAUAUCAAAAAUUUUACAUACGCGUAAGGAAUUAAAGGAUUUGUUGCUAAAACCUCAGAUUUGCAUUAAUAUUGAAAACGAAGAUUCCGGAGCCGAAGCUAGUUCUACAAGAUCAGAAACUAUUAAUGUAUGUGAGAAACCUAGUGGGAAUUCGGAAGACUCUAUUUUAUUAACAAAUGUUACAACUGGAGUUGAUGUAAAUGGAAUUAAAUCUGAAAUAAAAGUGGAAGGUGAUGUACAAAUUGAGUCAUGUAAACAAAAAAAAUACGAUCCCUUCUAUCGUAAUCCUCUUUAUGCUGGAGUAACUAAAGGUUUAAGUAACGAAUUGAUAGCAUUGUUUAAACAUUAUCAUCCAAGUGUUGCAUUAUUUGCAAAUACUAUUCUUGAAGGAAAACCAAUUAAUUACACUGGAGAUCCAUUAGAAGAUUUGACCUUAAUGCGUUUUCUGGAUCGUUACGUUUUCAAAAAUCCUAAAAAAUUGGAAGAUAAAAAAGUAAAAAAGAAAAACGAUCCCUUGGCUCAACGUGCAGGAUAUACACCUAAAGGUGUCAGGUGUAUUCCAGUCGAUAGUGUUUUAUAUCUUAACGAAAAGGAAGAACGUAUUCCCGUCGACGAAUUGUUUUUAUAUCGUUAUCUAAAAAAAAAGAAAGAGUUGAAAUACAAACCCAAGGUAGAAGAUGAUGAUGUUGAAAGUGUUAAUAGCGAAGAAUUUGAUGACAUGUUGGAUAGAUUAACGGACGGCAAAGAGUUUGAAGAUCUGGAUAUUGCAGCUGAUAUUCAAACUAAGAAAAUCAAGAAGAAAGAUGCUGAGGAAGAAGACGAAAAUUUAGAAGUUGGCAGUAUCGGUAGCGUGGCAAGUGAUGACUCUGAUGGUAUGAAUGAUUCAGACGAAAAUUAUACGGAUGAAGAACUACAAGAUUUGAGUGACAUUGAUAUAGACGAAGAUGACGAUUUAAGUGAUAUAGACUUUAAUGAAAACACAAACGACAAUGAAGAUAUUUUUGGUGAUGAUAAUAAAUUCAAUAAAAAGAACAAAGAAACAAAGAAAACAAUUCAGUUUAUGAAUAAACUGAGUAAAAAGUCAAAGGAAAUCGAUAGUAAUACAUUUGUAUCAGCAGAAAAAUUUGCAGAAAUGCUUGAAGAACAUAGUAAACAAAAAAAUAAACAUGGCGGUACAGAUAUGUAUAGUACUGCAGACGGUGCAAGUUUUAAGCAAAUAGAUUGGGAAUCGAAGCGUCAUCAAAAACUUAGAGGAUCAUUGAAUAAAAACAAACGAAAAGGCCCUAGAAUUGUUAAGAAAAACUCAAAAAAAAUUAAACGUUAAUUGUAA